GCUUCCUCUGUCUCUGUGGUUCUGAAUCACCCAACAUCACUUCCUUGCAGCAGCGGUGAAAACGUCGUGUGGCACAAGACCUUCCCCAUAGAAGCAACAGUUGCUGAAUGCCAAAAGGAGAAAUGCAUCAUAAAAGAACGUUUUAAGGAAAGAUUCACAGUCAUGCAUGAGAAAAACUACUCUUUAUUCCUCAAGUCAGCAAAGUACAAUGACCUGGGGCAAUACGAGUGUAGCUGUGAUGGCUUAAUCAAGCAAGUUAACCUGGAGGUUGUAGUUCCCAUAAACGUGACAGCCGUUGAGUUGGGAAACGUCACUCUCCCGUGUUAUGCGGACACUCAGAGCGAUGUCAGGGAUGGGACAUGGCUACAUAAUGAACAAAACGCUCUGCACUACACAACAAAUGGAGCCACAAACCCAGGCCUGGGCUACGAGGACAGAGUAUCGCUGACAGAGGACAGAUUCAGAGACAGCGAUGUGUCUCUGACCAUCACUGAAGUCCAGCAGACAGACGCGGGAUUAUACCGCUGCUUCGUCCGUGAUGAGACUGCUAAAGGAUACCCACAUGCCUACAUGCUGCAUGUGAUUGAGAAGCUCACCAAAGCAGGAGGAAACCAAACUGAGGACAGCAACAAUGAAAAACGAACUCGCAUUGGACUGAUCUUACCUUUCUCACUCUUCAUUUGCUCUCUUCUCAUUCUUUUAUGCCGUGAGAAGAUGGCAUCACACACAGUGGAAACUACAGAUAACGAGCCCGUGCAGGAGAGUGACCAAAAGCACUCAACUCGUCCUUUUUAUUCUGGAGACGAGAGCGAAGACCUGUUAAACCUGAGGGUGAACGAUUAGAGUAUCAG